GUGUGUGCAGGUGGAUGCAGGCAGGGAUGAGGAGGCAGUUUUUGCUGAUCUGAAUCUGGCCAUUGGAGACAAACUUCAGUCAAAAGAUUUGUCAGCAUGGCACCGAAGAAAGUGGAACCGAAGAAGACAGAGGUGAAGAAGGUGGAGGUGAAGAAGGAUGAGCCUCCUCCACCACCCAAACCUGCAGAGCCGGAGUCCAAACCUCCCGAGGUGGACCUGAAGAGCAUCGUGGUGGAGUUCACCCCCGACCAGGUGGAAGAGUUCAGAGACGCCUUCACGCUGUUCGACGAGACGCCGACAGGCGAGAUGAAGAUCACCUUCGCUCAGUGUGGAGACGUGAUGCGAGCGCUCGGCCACAACCCCACCAACGACGAGGUUCUGAAGCUGCUGGGGAGGCCCAAGGCGGAGGAGAUGAAUGUCAAGCUGCUGGACUUCGACAGCUUCCUGCCCAUGCUGCAGCACGCUGCCCGAUCCAAAGAGCAGGGAACCUUCGAGGACUUCGUGGAGGGUCUGAGGGUGUUCGACAAGGAGGGCAACGGCACGGUGAUGGGGGCGGAGCUCCGCCACGUCCUGUCCACGCUGGGAGAGAAGAUGACGGAGAACGAGGUGGACCGGCUGAUGGUGGGACAAGAGGACGCCAACGGACUCAUCAACUACACAGAGUUCGUCAAGCACAUCCUGGCCGGGUAAAACCCACUGCCUGGUUCUUCUGAUCGUCUGGGGUUCUGUCUGUCCCUGAUGGUUCUGUCUGUCUUUGAUGGUUCUAUCUGUCACUGAUGGACGGGGGUUCUUUCUGUACCUGAUGGUUCUAUCUGUCGCUGAUGGUUCUAUCUGUCCCUGAUGGUUCUGUCUGUCUCUGAUGGUUCUGUAUGUCCCUGAUGGUUCUGUCUGUCUCUGAUGGUUAUGUAUGUUCUUGAUGGUUCUAUAUGUCCCUGAUGGUUCUAUAUAUCCCUGAUGGUUCUAUAUGUCCCUGAUGGUUCUGUCUGUCUCUGAUGGUUAUGUAUGUUCUUGAUGGUUCUAUAUGUCCCUGGUGGUUCUAUAUGUCCCUGGUGGUUCUAUAUGUCCCUGAUGGUUCUAUAUGUCCCUGAUGGUUCUCUAUA